AUGGGUGCAGGAAACAGGUACAAUUUUCUUGUCGUCUUCUUUGUGACCUUUGGGUCUCUCACCUAUGGCUACAAUUCCGCAGUUAUUGGAGCUGUCAUUGGCCUGCCAUCCUUCUUCACGUACUUCGACAUCGACAUCAAAUCAAGCGGCGGCUCCCGAAUCACCGGAGCAACCAAUGGACUCUUUGCAGGGGGUGGCUUUAUUGGCUGCAUUUUCAUCACCUGGCUGGCCGAUAAGGUGGGCCGGAAGAGGUCCAUACAGAUCACCGCCUCCGUUUGUAUCGUCGCUGGUGCUAUUCAGGCUGGCUCUGUCCAUAUUGCCAUGUUUCUGGUUGCUCGCUUCAUGAUGGGCUUCGGCGUUGGCAUGGUCAAUUCUAUUACACCUCUCUAUCAAUCAGAAGUUUCCCCUGCCCACUCUCGUGGGCGAAUGGUGGGCAGCCAUGGGUUCAUUCUUUGCGUCGGAUAUGGAUUAGCCGGAUGGACAGGCUAUGGCUGCUAUUUCUUGGAGAACCAGGAGGCGCAGUGGCGUCUUUGCCUUGCCCUACAAAUCGUCCCACCACUCUGCCUUCUAGUGGGCUCUCCGUGGCUUCCUGAGUCCCCUCGUUACUUGGUUGCAAACGACAUGCAAGAAAAAGGGUUUGAGGUCCUUAAAAGAUUGCAUCAUCAACCCGAGGAUGAGGACGACACUAUUGCUCGAGAGGAGCUGUAUCAAAUCCGUCAGCAACUUGAUCUGGAGAAACGUGAAGGCUGGAGACAAGGCUGGAUCAAAGGCUGGAUUCUCCUGUUUUCCAGGAAGUCUUACCGGAAGCGUUUGCUCUUUGGAUUUCUCCUUCUUGGCCUAGUUCAGAGCACAGGGUGCCUGGUCAUCAACAACUAUCAAGUCCUUCUUUACAACGGUCUCAGCCUCUACGGAGCAAUGCCUCUCAUGCUAUACGCCCUUUGGGACACUUGGGCUGCUUUUAUGAAUUUCGUCAAUAGUCUUCUUCUUGACAAGCUUGGCCGAAUCCCGAUCAUGGUUGUUGGACAGAUUGGAUGCUCCAUCUCUGUCGCUGGGUUUACUGCUUGUCUCGCAAGAUACGGUGGUACUGACAACCGUGUGGGAAAUGGGUUUGGCGUCUUCUUCCUCUACUUAUUCGUGACCUUCUUCGGAGGCUCAAUGGAUGCCUCAUCCUACGUCUACUCUUCCGAGAUCUUCCCGACUUCAAUCCGUGCCCAAGGAACAGGGUUCAGUGUCUCGGGUUUGUUUGCUUUCAGCUUAAUCUACACCAUGUGUGCCCCAGUCGCGUUCAACAGCAUUGGUUGGAAGUAUUACCUGAUCUUCAUCAUUGUGCCGUUGAUUGGAGCUGCGAUCAUGGCACUGUUCUACCCCGAGACCAAAGGCCUUGCUCUGGAAGAAAUUGGGCAAAAGUUCGGUGACGAGGUUGCCAUUGAUCUCACCCACCUCUCGGCCGAAGAAAGAGCCAGACUGGACAAGGCUCUGGUGCAUUCAGAAGUUGUGGAAAUGGAAAUCAAGGCUUAA